AGGCAUGUGCUUUUUUUCAAUUCUAUAGAAAUUUUUUUCAUAAGCUAUAACCAUUGCAUUUGUUAUGCAUAUGUUGAUUGAAAUUCUCCAUGUUAACUUGGUGGGUUUUUUUGUUGUGCAGGCACAAGAUUCAGGCUUUCAAAACUCAACACUGGCGGGGAAUAUUGUGAGGAAGGUCUUCAAAGUUCUUUUCUACCUUCACCUGCUCCUAAUUGCAGUCUUGGUGGCUUCCCUCACCAUCUAUGGCGUUGUUUAUGCCUCUCGCAGCCACCAUUUCCACCCAAAGGAGUGGUACCCUCCGCUUCUUAUAUCAACAGUAUGUGCUGGAAUUGUUGGUUUCACAUGGCAAUGGAUCACAGUUAGGAACGCCACAAAGGCUAUUAGAGCAGCAUUUUGGCUGAGUCCCCUGCUUACAUGUGUAAUGGGUGUUUUUCUUGUGUACAUUGGAUCUGCACUAAGUCUUGCAGCAGGUGUAGUUGCUUUGGUUUCUGCAUUAAUUCAAUCACUUUAUGGUUGUUGGGUCAGUCCUAGAUUUGAAUAUGCCGAUAAAAUCCUGUCAGUUUCAAUAGCUGAUCCUCCUUACAAAAGCACGAGGUUGGCAUUUUUAUCAAUCCUCAUUGGUAUUUUUUAUUGCUGUUUUCUUGUGUGUGGAAUUGGAGGAGCUAGAGCUAUUCAAAACAGAACCAAAUUAACUGUUUUGUUUAUCUUCGUGAUUCUUCUGAGCCUUGGAUGGACCAUGCAAUUUCUGAAGAAUGUGUUGCAAGUUACCAUUUCAAGGGUCAAGUAUAUUCAUUUAGCUGGUGGAGUAAUCAUGGACACCAGAGUGGCAUUGCAUGACACAGUCAAGUACUUAACUGGAAGUGUUUCCAUUGGCUCCAUCCUUGUUCCCUUUAUCUCACUCUUCAGGGGUUUUGCAAGGUCAACAAGUCUGGUUGGAGGAGACAAUGAUGAAUUCUUGUUUUCUUGUGUUAGUUGCUACAUGGGAAUUGCAUCACUUCUUGUGACAUGUGGGAACAAAUGGGGUUUUGUGCAUGUUGGAGUUCAUAACAAGGAGUUUGUGCAGGCAUCUUCUGAUACUUGGGGCAUUUUCAACAGGGUUGGUUUGGAACAACUUAUAGACUUAGAUCUCACUGGCUCGUUUUGUUUCCUUAGUGGGGUGGCAGGGGGUGCAAUAUGUAGCCUAGUGAGUGGAAUUUGGAGCAUAGUUAUGCACAAGAGCUAUGCCACAGAAGAAUCCAUUUAUGCUUUUUUAAUUGGGUAUUCCAUGUUUCGGUUAGCUAUGGCAUGGCCACAAGCAUGUGUUUCAGCUUACUACGUGGCCUACGCAGAGAACCCACACAGCACACGAUUUGAUUCCACCAUCCCUGUACGCUUGGAGCAGCUUCAAAGAUCUCAAGUAUAGAAAACUUAAAAACUAAUAAUUUUCAGCUGGGAAGAAAUGCUGAAGCAACAGAAAAUCCAGAAGGGUAUAUUACCCCCAACGAAAACUUGAUGAUGCAAAUUACAAUGUUGGAAACAAUUUUGACAGUGUAGAUAAAGGUUUAAUUUUGAUGUGUUGU